AUCUCUGGCAUUCAUCACGAGAGGAACUUCAGUCCAGACUGCAACUCAACGCCAGAGAGUAACUUGAUAAGCUUCCUCGGCUGAUAGUGGCGUGAAACCUGUCAAUCGUUUGUUCAGUGUGCGCGACCUGGUCAGAACUCCAGAUUCCGCGAACCGUGCCGCAGUCCGCCAAGAUCUUCAAUUACACCAAGUUCGCAUAUUGUUCCAAGAAGUGCUCGAAUUACCUCCAAGUUCUUUCGCACUCCGAGUGAUGAUUUACGCAAGUUGGGACGUGUUCAGCAGCUACAUCACGCUGCUCUUGCUCUGUAUAGUGCUGUUCAUUGCUUGGUUCGUGUCAACCGGUGCUACCCGAUACUGGCAAUGCUUCGAGGGGCUGGUUCCGUACAUCGGCGGGAGGCCCCUGGUUGGGAACUUUCUGCAGCCACUGUUGAUGAGGCAGAGUAUGUUCGAGCUGAUGGAGCAACUGUACGAGGACGGAAGGGUUAAGGGAAGUAAGCUGUUUGGGAUUGCGCUGCUGAUGCAGCCGGCGCUGGUGUUGCGGGAUCCGGAGGUGAUCAAGCAGGUGUUGAUUAAGGAUGCGGCGUUCUUUUGUAAUCGCUUCAUGUGCACCGACCCCGCGAGCGACCCGAUCGGCUACUACAACCUGCUGAUGAUCAAGAACCCCCACUGGAAGCAGCUGCGCGCCUUCCUGACGCCGUCGCUCAGUCUCGCCAAAAUCAAAAAGAUGUACCUGCUGGUCGACCAGAUCGGCCAGGACAUGCUGUCCUACGUGGAAACGCUUCCGGAGAAGCGUCCCCAGGUUCGGGAGAUCGAGCUGAAAGAACUCUGUGCCCAGUUCACCACCGACGUAAUCGCCAGCACCUUCUUCGGCAUCCGGUCGUGCUGCCUCAGCCAGGAAGAGUCCGAGUUCCGGUAUUACGGCAGGAAGAUCUUCGAGUACGGGGCGCGGCGGGGCGUUACGAUGGCGUCGUUCUUCUUCAUGCCGGAACUGGUGCCGUACCUGAAGUUUAAGCUGUUUCCCCGGGAUACGGAGCAGUUCCUGCGGGUUAUCAUCCAGCGGGAGAUGGAGCGAAGGGAGGCGAGUGGCGAGAAGAGAGGCGAUUUCAUCGAUUCGUUGAUCAGUUUGAAGAGUAACGAUGCCACGAUUGGGGUGAAGGAGAAGAUUCCUCUCAAAGACGACAUUCUAGUUGCACAGGCGGCAACCUUCUACAUGGCCAGUUUUGAAACUACCUCAUCAGUAUUAUCAUUCACAUUGUAUGAAUUAACUAAAAAUCCAUCAAUCCAGCAACGCCUCCGUGAGGAAAUCUGCGCCGCCAUCGGGCGCAACCAGGGCAGUCCCGAACUUCCGUACGAGUGCAUAGUCAACGAGCUUCCCUACCUCGGAGCCGUAAUAUCCGAGGCCGCCCGGCUUUACCCGGUGCUCCCCUUCCUGGAACGCCAGUGCUCCCUGCCGGAAGGUGCCACCGGCUACAAGCUGGAACCAUUCCACGACUUUGUGAUUCCCAACAAAAUGCCGGUUCUCAUUCCGAUUUACGCCAUCCACCGAGAUCCAAAGUUCUUCCCCGACCCGCUGCGCUUCAACCCGGAACGCUUCUCGAAGGAGAACCUGGACAAGAUCGUGCCCUGCAGCUACAUGCCGUUUGGAGUGGGGCCGCGCACCUGCCUGGGGUCUCACUUUGGGACGCUCCAGGUAAAGGUGGCCAUCGUGAGGUUACUGUCGCGGUAUCGCCUGAUGUGCUCGGAGUCGACGCCGAAAACGCUCACCUACCGGAAGAAUGCCUUCACGCUGUGCUCGAACGAGGGACUGUUUGCGAAUUUGGUGGAGGAUAAGCUGUUUUGAGAGAAUAAAUUUUGUUGAUAUGAAAUUA